AUGGCCGACAUCACCGAUCAUUCCGCUGGUCUCGACCAACCCUCACCUGGCGAUGAGCUCACCGGUAACGGCGUUGAAUCUCGAGGCACAAAACGUCCGAGGACGUCCAUGGCUGGGGACGACGACGACGAUGAUGACGAGAAGGGAGGAAGAGAGAGAAGAAAGAUCGAGAUCAAGUUCAUUCAAGAUAAAUCGCGUCGUCACAUUACCUUCUCAAAACGAAAGGCGGGUAUCAUGAAGAAGGCCUACGAACUCUCAGUCCUCACCGGCACACAAGUUCUUUUGUUGGUCGUCUCUGAAACCGGUCUUGUCUACACCUUCACCACCCCCAAGCUUCAACCACUUGUCACAAAGGCCGAAGGCAAGAACUUGAUUCAGGCAUGCUUGAACGCCCCCGAACCCUCAGGCAAUGAGAAUGGGGUUGAUGGCGCUGAUGAUGUCGCUUCGCCUGAUGAUGUCCCCGCAAUGCCACCUGCAGUCGCAGCCACGGGCAUGCCACGUCCUCCUGGCCAUGGCCCCUACAUGACUCAAGAACAACAGCAGCAAGCCAUGUACUACCAGCAACUUCAACAACAAAAUCAGAGUGGUCAAUAUGCAGGUAUGCCUCAGAUGCCUCAACACCAGCGAGCAUAA